GUGGACCGGAAGUGCUGGUUGUUGUCAUUAGUUUGACGCUGCACAGACUGCUGCACCCAAACAAGACUUACUGUCAUUUCACUCAGUAACCGGUGUUCACUGCUGUCUUUAACUUAUCACGUCUGGUCUUGGCUGAUCUGAAAGCACAGCUAUGUGCAGCUGUGUGCGGAGCUCCAGGGCUCUGUCCCCUGUCCUGCUCCCCCGGCUGCUGCUUCCCCAGACGGGGUAUAGAUCGGCUAGCAGGGGCUUCUGGACCUCCCCGCACUGCAUGACCGUCAGUGGAGACUCUCACCCGCUCCCCCUACCCAGCCAGGCCCGGGUGGUGAUCUGUGGAGGAGGCAUUGUGGGAACAUCAGUGGCCUACCACCUAGCCAAACUGGGAUGGACUGACAUAGUGCUGCUGGAGCAGGGCAGACUUGGCGCUGGGACAACAAGGCUGUGUGCUGGCAUAGUCAGCGUGGCAAAGCCUAUUUCCAUUGAGUGUCAAAUGGCAAGCUACUCCAAUAAUCUUUAUCAACAGCUGGAGGAGGAGACUGGAGUCAAAACAGGGUAUAUUAAGACAGGUUCUCUCUGUCUGGCCCAAAACCAGGAUCGCUUUAUCUCUUUGAAACGCCUGGCAUCGCGACUGAGGGUGAUGGGGAUCAGUUGUAAUAUCAUUAAACCUAAAGAAGUGGCAAAACUCCACCCUCUUGUAAACAUUCAUGACCUAGUGGGGGCGCUCCACCUCCCUGAAGAUGCUGUGGUGUCUCCACCCGAUGUCAACCACGCCCUGGCUGUGGCUGCUGCUGGACAUGGGGUCCAGAUCCUGGAUCGAACCAGUGUCCAGCAGGUUCUGGUAGAGAAGGGUCAAGUGACAGCGGUGGAGACUGACCGUGGCUCCAUUGAGUGUGAAUAUUUUGUCAACUGUGCUGGACAGUGGGCGUAUGAGCUGGGCCAGGCUAGUGAGACGAAGGUGUCGGUUCCUCUUCAUGGAUGUGAACACUUCUACCUCCUCACCAAACCUCUCCAGGAGACACCUGCACCCGCAAUGCCAGUGUUGAUUGAUAUGGACGGCAGGAUAUACGCACGGCCAUGGCAGGGAGGGCUUCUGUCAGGGGGCUUUGAGAAGAACCCCAAACCCAUCUUCACUGAAGGCCGAAACCAGCUGGAGAUUCAGAACAUGCAGGAGGACUGGGACCACUUUGAGCCGAUGCUCAGUGCCUUGCUAAGGAGGAUGCCUGGUCUUGAGUCAGCUGAGAUCCUCCAGCUGGUCAACUGUCCGGAGUCCUUCACCCCCGACAUGCGCUGCCUGAUGGGGGAGACGCCAGGGGUCUCUGGCUACUACGUGCUGGCAGGGAUGAACUCCUCUGGCCUGGCCUUUGCCGGAGGAGCUGGCAAGUAUCUGGCAGAAUGGAUGACAUAUGGUUAUCCCACCGCCAACGUCUGGCCUCUGGACAUCAAACGCUUUGGCAACCUGCAGAGCAGCCGGACCUUCCUGCGACACAGAGUAAUGGAAGUCAUGCCUUUGCUGUACGAGCUGAAGGUUCCUCGCUGGGACUUCCAGACUGGCCGUCAGCUGCGGACCAGCCCGCUGUAUGACCGCCUGGACACACAGGGCGCUCGCUGGAUGGAGAAACAUGGCUUUGAAAGGCCAAAAUACUUUGUUCCUCCAGGGAAAGAUCUGCUGUCUCUGGACCAGAGUAAGACCUUCUACAAGCCUGACUGGUUCGACAUUGUUGGAGCAGAAGUGAAAUGCUGCAAAGAGGCCGUCUGUGUUAUCGACAUGUCCUCCUUCACUAAGUUUGAACUGACUUCAGGACAGGACCAGGCCCUGGAACUGCUGCAGAAUCUGUGUGCCAACGACUUGGAUGUCCCUGUCGGACACAUCGUCCACACCGGCAUGCUGAAUGAGAGGGGUGGCUAUGAGAAUGACUGCAGUGUGGUCCGCCUGAGCAAGAACAGCUUCUUCGUCAUCUCACCGACAGACCAGCAGGUCCACUGUUGGUCCUGGAUGAAGAAACACAUGCCCAAUGACCCACACCUCCACUUGGAGGACGUCAGCUGGAAGUACACUGCUCUGAAUCUGAUUGGACCUCGGGCUAUGGAUGUUCUGGCUGAGCUGUCAUAUGUUGCAAUGACUCCUGACCACUUUCCCUCCAUGUUCUGUAAGGAGAUGAGUGUAGGUUAUGCAAACGGGAUCCGAGUGAUGAGCAUGACUCACACAGGUGAACCAGGCUUCAUGCUCUACAUACCCAUAGAGUACGCUCUGCACGUCUACAAUGAGGUGAUGUCAGUGGGUCAGAAGUACGGGAUUCGUAACGCUGGCUACUACGCACUGCGCAGCCUGCGUAUCGAGAAAUUCUUUGCCUUCUGGGGUCAAGACCUUGAUGCCUUCACCACCCCGCUGGAGUGUGGACGAGAGUUCAGGGUUAAAUUUGACAAGGACACAGAUUUCCUUGGUCGUGAGGCCUUGCUGCAGCAGCGUCAGGACGGCGUAUCCCGGCGGUUCGUCAUGCUGGUUCUAGAAGACCACGACACUGAGCUGGAUCUAUGGCCAUGGUGGGGCGAACCAAUCUACUGUAACGGUCAGCUAGCAGGAUCGACCACCAGCAGCGCCUACAGCUACACUCUGGAGCGCCACGUCUGCCUCGGCUUUGUGUCUCCACCUUUAGGUCCAGAGGGGCUCCCCACACCCAUCACCCCGGAUUUCAUCAACCGCGGGGACUAUGAGGUGGACAUUGCCGGCCAGCGCUACCCAGCUAAAGCCAAACUUUACCCCUUCAGCUCGCUUUUUACCCAACAAAAACGCCGCAAGGAGGACAUGGAGUUAGGCAACCUUCACGGGAAGUGAUGCAGAGGAGGACUCUCUGACACUCCUUCAGUAACCAAAUCCACUCCUGCACUUAUCUCACAGUGCCAACUUAUCGCCCCUUUUCUGGCUCUUCAUCUGAGGGCUGUACGCACAAUCACUCCAAGUCUCUCUCAUAUUUAACUUUCAUGUCGCAUCGCCCUCGUUCAAAGUGCAAUAUUAUAAGAAGCACCAAAAGCUUGAGCUGUAUAAUAUACAGACCUCCUGUUAUAUCAAAUUCUGCAGUUCUUCUUCAGCCCUGCUCUGCUUCAUACUCAGAAACAAUCCAAACGGCUGUUCACCGGGACAGUCCGAAGUUAAGUGCCUUUGUGAAGGCAACAUCACCAGUUCUCUUGAGUGGGACUCUGUGUUUUACUUUGUUCACUUUGACCCACUGAGAGGGGACCGACAAUCUUCUCUUGACAUGCAGCGGUCACUUUUAUGUUUCGUCACUGGGGAGCCCGGAAGAGUUUGAAAGAAACGUCAUGCAGUACUGAUGUGCACAGUGAUGUUACUGUAACAGUUAUGAGUGGUUAGAUGUUGCCCUAUGUGUGUAGACACUUAAUACUUUCUCUUAUAUCAACAACACUAUCAACUAUCCUUAACAAUGAAGGAAAAGCUCCUCCUACGUCAAGGGUCUACAGCUUUGAAAAGCCAGAGGAGAGAAACAGAAAGCCUGAUGUGUUCACGUCCUGCUCAUCACUUCUUCUCUUGUCGUCUUAAGAAGGCUUCGCAGGCUCUCCUACAGCUUCAAAUUACCCUCUUAUUCCUUUGUUUGUCUUCCUCAUCAGCUUUGGACUGUCCUGCUGUUUCCCGCUGUGCAUCAAGCUCGUGGUAAUGUAUUUACGGUGAUGUAAUCCAACCUGUUAUUUAUGUUCUGUGCUCGUCUGGAAGCAUUGAUGCUCUUUCGAUGCUUAAGUUUCCUGUGAUGGAUGUGUUUUCUGAAUGUGUGGGUGAUGUCAAGUGACCACAGAUUUAGUGGAGUCAGUGAAAGUGCUGCGACUGAAGCGGAAAUCUCAGACAUGAGAGGUUGAGUCCAUUAUAUCUUAUACUGAGGGUCAUAGUUCUGCCUGAUGGAGAGUUAUGUGUGAGUAAAAACAGAUUUCAUGGUGAUUUGAAUAAAGUAAUGUAUUUUUAUAUGGCUAAAAAUCUCUAUUUUCUGAUCUGCAUGUUUUGUAGUCUGUUUUCAGUUGAUCCGACACAUGAAGCAUCAGCAUCUGAUAUUUAUUAUUUCAGAUGCAUUUCAGAAUAUUUAUGUUCAUCGAAAUGUCAUCCGUCAGCAGCAGCUUGAUGUUUAUUCCAUGUGCAUUUUUCUGUGAAGUGAUCUGAUCCUUCAGUCUGCAACCAUCUUCAAAGGUCAGAAGUCAGGGAUUCAGGCUAUGUCCAAACUAAUGUGCUUUCAGCUUAUCAUCUAUGUUUUUGUUUUUGAGGAACAAAGUUCAGACUGGACCGGCAGUUGAACAUCGUAUCAUAAAAGAUGAAUGGUGAAGUACUUCAUCAGUGUGUUUGUUAUAAGGCUCUACGCGGCACAAGCUGAGAGCCCACUGACUUUACCAAUCUGGCUCUUGAUCAUGCAUCCAACCUUUUUCUGGGACGAAGAGGUUUUGAAUGUAAGAAACUGAAUGUAAAAAAAAAAGAGCAAAGAAAAUAGACAACUACUUCCACCCCUGUAACAGACAGUCUUAACAUAGAGAUUAACUACACAACGUAUGCAUCAGUUAUUCAUCUUUAACAGUGUUGCUCAAGAGUUGUUUUUGUUGUUCACUUAGAAAGCUCUUUGUCCCGAUCAACAUCUUAUAAAGUUGUAAAAUCACAUAUCUGUCCCUGAAGAGUGUGUUCAGUUCCAACACGAGCGUCUUUUGAUGAGCUUUCUUUCUUUCAAGUUCACUUCGGAUACCAUCAAGAGCAGUUUUACCUCAGACAGAGGAGAAAUAUUGACACCUCUUAUGGUUUGAAUAUUGCAGUGGUUAGCCGUGGUAUUGACAAAACAGAAACAUGAACACCUCACAGUGAUCCUCCUCUGAUUAUUUUCCCUAACAGAUGAAGUGUCAGGUAAAAUACAUGAAAUGUGCAUGAUGUUCUGAAAGUCAGAAGAUGCAUGUCUCUAAAGUAGGACAAGAAAACAUCCAGGGAAGAGAGACCUGCAAGGACAGGAAGUCUGACGUUGCUUUAAAAGGGCUGUUUGUGUGCUAUAUUUGUAAAAAGAAAAAAAAGGCGUUAAAAUUAAAUGACCUGCUGUGUGAAUCAUUGUGAAUCUUUGUGUCUGAGUAUCUUUGUCUGGAUUCAGAUCGUUUCAGUGUUUGUUUAAAUUAACGGUACUCUGCUUUGGCUUUCUCUGACAAACUCCUGUGGCCUCAUUUCGUAGGAGUUCAGACUCAUCUCUUUAAAACAUCCUCUGUUUUUCAUAACAGUGCACAGAGACGUGUAAUCAAAGGUGUCCCCUGGAGUUAAUGCACUUCUGGCAGAUCUCAGCAAGUCCCUGGACUCUUUUAGAUGAGUCCAAAAUGAGCUGUUGGGCAUUUUGUAGCUGUUGUGAUUUCAUUUUUCCAACUUCUUCAUUGUUCAGUGAACGCCUGAAGGGAAAAAGGUCCAGCGCAUUUGCACUAAAUAAGGGUCGCCUGUUGUUUUUCUUUUGUUUCUGUAUGAGGCCAAAGACUUCCGGAGAUAUUUCUAGAGUUUGAAAGGUUAGGAAAUCUCGGAAUAUCUUUUUUAAUAAAAGUUGGUUUGGCCCCGGGCAGCACUUACAGUCCACUGGACCGCACUUGUCUUUUCAAAUGCGACACUCCACUCGACGUGGUGCAUGUCUUUCUCAUUUUAUGUGUCCAUUUUAACAACAUUUGUACAUGACUGAUCUGUAAAUGUGUCCUUUCCUGAAGAGCUUUACUACACUGUAUUUAUAUCAUGUCAAACUGUUUUCUGGCUGUCUAAUGUACUUCUAAACUCAAAUAUAAAGAGAACAUUGUUCGUAAGCUGAA